GGGCAGCGGAGGUGGCGGUGGAGGGGAGAUCCUGAGGGGGUCGCGUCCUGCGGCGGGAGAUGUGGGAGCGGAGCCUGGUGCUGUCCGCCCCGGGGAAGGUCAUCCUCCACGGGGAGCACGCUGUGGUGCACGGCAAGGUGGCCUUGGCUGUGGCGCUGAACCUGAGGACCUUCCUCCGCCUGCGGCCCUGCGACGACAGCAGGGUGUGCAUCCACCUGCCUGGUGUCAGCGUCAGGAGGAGCUGGGACACCUCCUGCCUCCAGGAGCUGCAGAAGGGAUUUACAGCUGACUUUGAUGAAUCUAAAUCCCCCAGCGUAGAACAGCUGGAUACGCUGAGAGAGUUUGCUGGAAUCGCUGCCGGAGCCACAGCUCCCGAGAGCCUUGCUACUCUUGCCUUUCUGUAUAUGUGCCUGGCUAUUUCGGCUAAGUAUGGAGAUGUCCCCAGUGUGGACAUACUGGUGUGGUCCGAGCUGCCCACGGGAGCUGGGCUGGGAUCCAGUGCUGCCUACGCUGUUUGCUUGGCGGCCGCCCUGCUGACUGCCUGUGGAGCUAUUUCCUGCCCUCUGAAGGAUGGAGAAUCCACAGCAAGGUGGACAGAAGAGGAGCUGACUCUGAUUAACAGCUGGGCCUUCCAGGGGGAGCGGGUGAUCCAUGGCAAUCCCUCGGGAGUGGAUAAUGCUGUCGGUACCUGGGGUGGAGCCCUGAGAUACCAAUCAGGAAAAAUCACACCAUUAAAGAGGGUGCCCACACUGAGGAUCUUGCUGACCAACACAAAAGUCCCUCGAAGCACCAAGGUCCUGGUGGCUGGUGUCAAAGAGAAGAUCCUGAAGUUCCCUGCUAUAAUGAACCCGGUGCUGGACUCCAUCGAUGCAAUUUCUCAGGAGUGCCAAAGUGUUCUGGAAGCGAUGCCUGCAAAUCCAUCACCUGAGUAUUACCCUGUGCUGGAGGAACUCUUUGAUAUAAACCAACACCAGUUAAACGUGAUUGGAGUCGGGCAUCCCUCCCUGGACAGGCUGUGCCGGGUGACGGCGUCCCACGGCCUGCACAGCAAGCUGACCGGGGCCGGCGGGGGCGGCUGUGGCAUCACCCUGCUGAGACCAGACACCUCCCCGCUGGCCGUGGAAGCAGCCAAGAGAGACUUGUGUGCCUGUGGAUUCGAGUGCUGGGAGACCAAUAUCGGGGCCCCCGGCGUGACCCUGCACUCCUCCUCCUCUUUAGACGCCCAAGUGCUGCAGGCGCUCUCCCAGAGUUAAGCUGCUGCCUCUGGCAAGACCCCAAGCUCUUGGCACCGCGUCCUCGGAGCCAUGGCUGUGCCUGGAAACGUCUCUCCCUCUCUCUGGUGUGGCUGUGUGUCUCAAGACACGGCUGGGGAGCUGGUUUUGGGUCUGGUGUCACUGGGAGUGGGGGCUGCGAUGAGGACCCGGGAGUGACUUGCAACUUGGGCUUGGUGCGAGUUUGACCCCGGCUCUCAAAAAAUCCUGUUUUGAAUUAUUUUUUUUUUUUUACUCAACUGCUGUGCUAAUCCCAAGGGGCAGGAGGAGAAGGGUCUUGGCCGGAUUCCAGGGCGGAUAAUGACACUUUGCUGGGUUCUGCUGCUUCGGAUGCGUGCGGUGUCUCUCCCCUUCUCCCCCGGCGUCCUGCGAGGGCGGGCAGCGUGGCUGGCGAGGUGGAUGCGCAGAGAGCUUUUGACAUUUUUGGGUGAAAAGCAUCUUUGGCAGCUCAAGGCUUGACACUCAGGUCUCUGUUUCUCUCUGGACUGCAGUUCACGGUGGAGAGUAAACCUUUUAAGUACAGCUCUUACUUGAUACUAAUUAAGAGUUGGAUAACGAAAAAAAAAAGCACAUUUUUAAUGGUAUUAUCACUGUUUUCACUCUAAUCUCUGAUAAGCAGGGUCUGUAGCCAGACUCUGGCUUCUGUUCACGUGCUCAAGGUCUGAGCAACUGUCACCUGUGAGGAGGGUGGCCAGAGGCAAGGGCAGCCUUAACAUUCCUACUUGCCAUAGCUCUUCUGGGAUCUCUCACACUUAAAUGAGUCCAGCCUUGACCCUGCCUGUCCUUGGGUGUGUAAAACACACCACUGCCAGGGCCUGGU